GAUGCCAGUACCACAAUGUCUUGAUUACCACAGCUUUGUAGUAGUUGAGUUUUACAAUCUGUAUCUGUCCUCCCUAUAAAGAUAAUUCUGGGCAUAUUUAUAAUAAGAACAUAUCUCAAAAAGAUUGCGAUUGCCUUCAUGUUGUGGAUCCCAUGCCUGUGCGAGGGCCUGAUGUAGAAGCCUACUGUCUACGCUGUGAAUGCAAAUAUGAGGAAAGAAGCUCUGUUACAAUCAAGGUUACCAUUAUAAUUUAUCUCUCCAUUUUGGGCCUUCUACUUCUGUACAUGGUGUACCUUACCCUGGUUGAACCCAUACUGAAUAGACGCCUGUUUGGACACUCACAAUUGAUACAGAGCGAUGACGAUGUUGGGGAUCACCAGCCUUUUGCAAAUGCCCAUGAUGUGCUGGCCCGCUCCCGCAGUCGAGCCAAUGUGCUGAAUAAGGUAGAGUAUGCACAGCAGCUCUGGAAGCUUCAAGUUCAAGAGCAGCGAAAAUCCGUCUUUGACCGUCAUGUUGUCCUCAGCUAACUGGAAAUCAAUUGAAGGUGAUUAGAAAGAAAUGAGUCAGACAACUGAAAAAAAUUGACUGAGUUUUCCUGGGUUUUGUUUUAAUACCCUGCUGAUUUCACCAACUCUUGCUGGCAAAUUCAGAAUUGGGAGACAAAAAUGUGCUUGGUAUUUUCUUUUCUUGUUAACAUAUUAAUACAGACAUUUUUAAAAGCACACACCUCAAAAUCAGCCAAUUAACCUUUUUCCUAUUUGUGACUUUUACUAAUAAAAAGAAGUCUGCCUGU